AUGUAUCUCAUUUCCUUAACAAUAUUUAUCCUACAUAAACUUUUUUGGGCUCUUCUAUUUUACAAUUAUGUAAAAUAACAAACUUAGGACAGGUUUAUUAAAUUCAUUAGAAAGAAUUUGUUGUUAAAGUUUUCGAGCUUUAUUUUUACAUUUUAUUAAAAACUGAUUAGCACAUACAUAUUUAUGUUACUUAGUUUAUUCUGUAUGACAAGUUUAAAAAUAUAAAUAUAAUUAUUAGAGAAGGAAAAAAUUAUGUUCAUUCACAUAAUAAUCAAUUUUAUAACAAUAUUAAUGUUGUUGCUUGAAUCACUAUUUACUUUAUAUUAUUUUGAUCAAUCAAUUACACAUUAAGUUAAAGAUAUUGAAAGAACAAGGCUUACCAAACCUCGUGUUAUUUAUUAAAUGUUCAUCAUAUUUUAGAUCUAUUAAGUUAUAUUGGUAAAUUUCGUUUAUAUAGAAUAUAUAUAAUCACUUUUAGUACUAAUAUCAGAGAUGACAUUAAUAUAUGAUUAAUUUAAAUAUUUUACGCUUAAUCUAACUUAUUAACAAAAAUCAACUUUUUUGGCAAUUUCAAUUAACAUAGCUUUUCAUUUACAUGUACUAAUUUUUCCAUAAUAAAUAUUGAAUCAAAUUUUAUUACCACAUUUUAUUUUUGGUUCGCUAACGUUUUAUAUUAUCAAUAAUUAUAAUAAUUAUUUAAAUAGUUUACAAUUAAAAUCGCUUUUUAAAACAGAAUUUAUAUCAACUUGGUAGAUGAAAUAUUCAUUGAUAAAAUUAAUUAAUAAUGAUUUAGAUUCAAAAUAAUCAGAGAUUAUCAUUAAAUCUCUAAUUGCUACUGAUCAUCGAUCAAAUUGUAAUGAUAUUAAAUGCUUCUACUGUUGCCAUUCAUAAAUUAUAUUUCCUACUUAAACAUGUGGAAUAACUCUUUAAAUAUAUCGUGAAUUCACAAUGAAAAAAAUGAAAUAAUUUAUGCAUUUAUUUAAACUUAAUUCUAAAUAAGAAUAAGAACAUUAAAUGCUUUUAUAAUAUGCUUUUAUGCUUUAUGAUUUUGGAUUAAUUAUGAGAUCUGUUAAACUCCUUUUUUAUUUGAAUUACACUUCUAAAAAUAACGAAAAUAUCAAAGUUAAUUCAUUUUCAUUUUCUCGAGAUUAAAUUUCUUAAAUCAAUAAUUUUGAUCUAUCAACAAUGAAUUAAACUUUUUUGUAAGAUUGUUUAGAAUAAAAUAAUACCUUUGUAUAAAUGCUUUCAGUUUAUAAUCUUAAAUUUACAUAUUUAGAUAAUUUAAAAUUAUCUUUUAUUUUUAAUUAAGCUAAAAGUAAGAUAAAUGCAUCUUUGGGUACUUCCCUUCAUGCAGCCUAAAAAUCAUUUAUUUCAGAUUAUAUUGAAUAAAAUAUAGAACUUGACAUUAUUAUGUCUUAAAAAGAAAAACUUAUAUUUGAUCUUAUUGAAAAAAAAUUGGAUUUCUAUUAAAAGAUUGUAUAAACAACAAUGAUUAAUGAUUAAAUUAGUGUUUUGCAUAAUAAAGUAUAUAAUCUGUGCUAAAAUUUAUAUGAGUUAGAAAAAUAGUUAGCAUUGGCAUAUAAACAUAAACCUUGUUUUAAAUUACAUAGAAUUGUGUGCUUUUUUUAUGGUGAAGUUUUAUGUGAUUACAAAAAGGCAAUCAAUUUUUUUAGAAAUUCAGACUUUUUUGAAGCAUAAAAAUUACAAUUUUAGUAAAUAAAAAAUUUUAACAUAAAUUCUUAAAAUGUUCAUUAUUUGAUUUUAGAAGUUAAAGAUGAUAUGGAAACUCUGAAAAUAUAACAAUUUUCUAAUAAGUUUUUUAAUACUUUUGGAGGAAAAUCAAUAACAGAAGAACAUUAGUUCAAUGAUUUGUUACCAAAAUAUUUAGUAUAACAUCAUAGUAACUUAGUGAAAAAGUUUUUUGAAACUGGUGAAGCUAAAUAUUAUUAAAUGUUUGAUAUAAAUUACAUAAAGAAUAAGAAUGAACUUUUAACUCCAAUAAAUUUAUGUUUUAUAAUUACUAACAAAUUUAUAAACUAAAAUAUCACAUUUGCUUCAUUUUUAUAAGAAGCAUCUUAAGAUUAAGUUUAUAUAUUAGUUGAUGGGGUUAGUUUAAGAUGUACAUUUACAUAGAAUUUACUAACUUUAAUUGGUUGGUUUGAAAGUGAUAUUGAGGCUUUAUGUAAAUAAGAAAAAUUUGAAGAUUUAUAAAUAACAAGAAUAUAUCCAAACUUUGUUAGAUUUAUAAGAUCAAAUAAGAUAAAAUAUUCCAAACUUAAUCAAAGUAUUCUCAUUUUACCAAAACCUUAAAAUAACAUACAAACUAAAAAUUCAAUUCUUCCUGGAGAGACUUAACUCUUUCUUAAUUAUGUUCAUACUGAAUGUGAUUUGGUUAUAACAAAAAAUAAAAUUGCAAAUUACGAAUAUUUUAUAAUAAAUGUUGUUAAAAUAGCUGAACAUUAAUAAACUUAGGUAUCUUUGAAAAGAAUAUCUAUUAAUAAGCCAAAAUUUUAAGAUUAAAGUAAAUAUUUAGUUGAUCAAACCGAUAAGUCAGAAAUUGAAAAAAUAAAUGCAAUUAAUUUAAAUAGUCAAACUAUUCCAGAGUCAAUAGCCAACAUGAAAAUUUAAAGUUGCAAUUCUAUAAAUAAAAAGUUAAGUAUUAAUAAUAAUAUUAUUAUGCCUAUCUAAUUCUCAAGAUAACAAACUAUUGUUAACAAUAAUUAGUAAUUGUUUUUUGCAGAAAAUGGUGCUGUUGAGCAUUAAGAAUAAGUAUUUGCUGCAUCAAAUAAAAUUGAUGAUAAAUUAAUGAGAAGAAGAAAAAUUAAGAAAACUACCAUUUAAAGUGAAACAUAUUUAGAUAAUACUUCAGUAAAUAAAAAGUAUUAGUUAAUUUAAUCAAUUUUGGGAGUUAAAUCUCCUAAACAUUUAUAAAAAUUCUUUUUUCUUGUAGUUUUAUGGCAUACUAUUUUUAUGUUGUUUAUUAUUCUUUUCUAUAUCUCUUUUAGAAGGGAUAUUACAAAUGUUAAAUUUUAAAUGGAAAUGUUAACUUUUCAUGCAGCUAUAAUGGCUCCUCAUGAUUUGUUUUUUUCUAUGAGAGUAACAAUUACUGCAUAUUAAUAAAUGUAAAGGGAAGGAUUUAUACCAAAAGAUAGAUUAUAAGAAUUAACUGAACCUUAUUAUCAAUAUAUUGACAUUGGAUUUUUAGAGUUAAAGGAUAGCUUUUAUGAAUAGUUUAAUAAUGAAUAUUUAUAAGAAUUCCUUAAUGAUUAAAAUAUUACCAUGUAUUUUAUGGAAGAUAAUGAAACUUAAAUUUAUCCCAUCAAUCUAUCUUUUAGGGAUGCACUCUUCGUAAUUUUAUAAUAUUAAUUUUCAUAAAUGAUGACAUUUUAAUACAGAGAAAGUACUUCUGGAAAACCAUUUCAAAUUUCUUUAUUUGCUAAUUACUUUAAAUUGCAUAACCAAUGUGAAAAUAUUACAAAUGAUAUCUCUCAAUACUCAAUCGAAAAUAAAAAUUAUGUUUAAAAUAAACAAUAAAUUAUUUUACUUAUCGGAUAUUUUAUUGUUAGUUUGCUUUACAUUAUAAUUUAAUGUUAUUAGAUCAAUUAUUUCAUUUAAAUUGAUAUGCUAUUUUUUUUGUUAAAUACAAUUAGUUAUGAAAUGAUAGAAUCAGAAAUUGAUAAACUCACUGGUUAUAAAAAUCAAUAUAAAUUGGAUAGGCAUUGUUUAUAAUAAUAUGAUCCAAUUAAUAGAUCUUGUGAUUAUUUGAUAAAACCAAAUAAAUUUUAAGAGUAAAAAUAUCUUAAAUUGCAUUUAGGAUCAUUCAACAAUUAAAAAUUACUAAACUAUUUGUUGUUAAUAUGUUUAUUUAUUUUUAUUUCUAUUUUAUUUUUAUUUACAUUUAUAACUACUUAUCUUUAUUUAAUUAAAUAUAAUGAUACAUUAUACUUAUUUUAGAAAAUACAAGAUUUUAAAUUAAGAACUGGAAAUUUAUAUUUGUAUCGAGAAAUAUUAUUUAGAUGGAAUAAUUUUACAUUUUUAAAUGAUCAAGAUAAAAUUCAACUUUAUACACUUAUUGAUUCAGCACAAUAAUCUAUCUAAAAUUAUAUAUAAAUAUCAGAUACAAUGAGAUUUGAUUAAUUUUUGGUAGAUGAUGACUUUAUAUAAUUGUUUCUCUCCAUUAGUAAAGAAAAUCUAUGCUAAUUUAUAGAUAAAGUAAUUUUUUUUAUAAUUCUUAUAGAAUUUUUAGAAUCUAACUUCUAAAUAUUGUGAGUUAGCAUUUGAUGGUAUGUUAAAACAAGGCAUGAUUUCUACUUUAACUUAUUUAUCUAAUUCCUUCAAAACUUAACAAACCAUCAAUAAUUUUACUAAACGUGUAGAGAUUAAUUAUUAUGAAUAAGAAAGUUCUUAAAUAGUGACAAGAGUAUUUUUUGCUCUUUCGGAAUAACUUAGUUAAAGUGCAGACUCCAAAGCUAAUUUCACAAAUACAGUAAUAGAAGUAUCCUAUUUUUAUUAUUUUAGUACUUAUGUAUUUGUUAUUUUUGCUAUAUUGUUAUAAUAUUAUUUCUAUUUUAUUGUUUUUAUCAUCCAUAUUUAGCUUGGCUAUUUUAAUCUCUGAAAAGAAUUGUACAUUUAAUACCUUUUGAAGCUUUAAUAUUUAGUGAUUCUUUAGAAAUUUAAUUGAAAGAAUUAAUUUAUAGGUUACAAUUACUUUGA